AUGAAACUUAUAGUAUGUAACGAACUUCAAAGUAUAGAUACAACAAAAGUUUUGAACUCAGAUGCUUUGAAGAGUCUUAUAACAGACAAAGUUGGAGUUGUUGAAAGAAAAUAUAAAGACCAAAGAGUUUGUGAAAAUGUUGCAAACUUCGUUAUGGUUUCAAACAAUGCUGUUCCGAUGAAGUUAGAAAGUUCUGACAGAAGAUAUGUAGUUGUCAGAACGUCAGAUUCUCAUAUGCAAGAUACAGAAUAUUUUGACGCUUUGUCAGAAACUUUGACAUCUGACUUUUACAACCACUUGUUCUCAUAUUUUAUGACAUUAGAUAUUUCAAAGUUCAAUCCAAGACAAAUUCCACAUACCGAAGAGAGACAAACAUUGUUAGAAGCAAACAAGAGUGUAUAUGAACUGUUCAUAGAUGAAACUGACUUUGAGUGUUUAGAUGAAAGGUCAUUGUACGAUUCGUAUAAACAAUAUUGUCAAGAAUAUGGUUAUAUGACAGCGUCUAAACGAACAUUCUUGGCAAAUGUCAAAAGUCUUUUAGACGUACAGAAUGGUGUAUAUACAAAGAAAAAUUUUUCUGAGUAA